UAGCCACGAGCGUGACGAACGGCUUGUUCGAAAAUACAACAAGGAAGUGACCGUUUAUUGUAAAGGAAAAUAAUCACCGGAUAAACCCUCUCUUUAAGUCGGGGGUCGCUUGGCUCGGUUGUUGGGUGUCGGGGGGGUAAAGUCACCGUGGACUUGCCCGAGAGCCCGUUUCUGAUCGUCUCGAGGGAUUCUGCUUGUAGCCAGCUAGCUAGCUAGCGAUGAACACGGACGUGGAAUUUCACAUCAGGCAGAAUUAUCCGUGGACCAAGCUCCCAGCUAAUGUCAAACAGAGUUUGGGGAACUCUCAGCGAGAGUAUGAGAAGCAUGUGCUGCUGUACAGCAUCCGCAACCAGCUGCGAUUCCGCAAUAACUUAGUGCGCCACGUGAGGAAGGAUGAGCGCAAGUAUUAUGAGGAGCUCCUGAAGUACAGCAGCGACCACCUGAUGCUGUAUCCCUACCAUCUGUCCGACAUCAUGGUCAAAGGGCUGCGAGUCACUCCGUUCUCAUAUUACAUAGGAAUCAUGGAGGAUAUUAUGAACAGUGAGAAGAGUUAUGACUCCUUGCCCAACUUCACUGCUGCUGACUGUCUGCGGCUGCUUGGCAUCGGGAGAAACCAGUACAUUGACCUAAUGAACCAGUGCAGGUCUUCCAAAAAAUUCUUCCGCAGGAAAUCAGCGCGGGACCUGCUACCGUCCAAACCAGUGGAAAUCUCUGUGGAGCCGUGGUGGACGGCACAGACAGGCUACAUCACUGAGGACGAUAUCAGGAUCUGCUCUACAGCAGAGAAGAAAGCCAUUGAUAAGAUGAUAGAUGCUGGUCCUCAGCUGGCCGGAUCGAUGGAGUACAAUGUGGUCCUAAGCUUGUACAACCGGGGCUUCAUCUACGUGGAUGUUCCCAUAUCUGAUGACAGCUGCAUCUCAGUGCCUCCGCUGGAAGGCUUCGUCAUGAACCGUGUCCAGGGCGAUUACUUUGAAACGCUUCUCUACAAAAUCUUUGUGUCCAUUGAUGAGCAGACAAACGUAGCCGAGCUGGCGAAUGUGUUGGAGAUUGACUUGGACUUAGUGAAGAAUGCAGUUUCCAUGUACUGUCGCCUCGGCUUCGCUGUAAAGAAAGGUCAGGUGAUCAGCUCAGAACAGCUCCACCCGACCUGGAAGAACGCUCCAUCUCUCAACAGACUCAAGAGCACCGUGGACCCUCAGAAGAUGCUGCUGUCCUGGGAUCAGGGCAGUCCUGUCAUGGAGGGAGGCUCCUCGGCCACCGACACCGACACCACCAGUCUGGAAGAAGCAGACACAGGAAGCGUAAGCAGCCUGAGCAUCCCAGCUGCACCGACGAAGAGGAUUGCCUUCCUCUUUGACUCCACUCUCACAGCCUUCCUCAUGAUGGGCAACCUUUCUCCGAACCUGAAGAGUCAUGCAGUGACCAUGUUUGAGGUGGGUAAGCUGUCUGAUGAGACUCUGGACAGCUUCCUGGCUGAGUUAGAGAAGGUGGAGAGCACGGCUGAGGGCGAGGCCCAGCGUUACUUUGACCACGCUCUGACCCUGAAGAACACCAUCCUUUUCUUGCGCUACAACAAAGAACUCACUCAGGACCAGGGACCUGAUAUCCCAAAUAUAGGUUUCCCCUUGGACAUGUUGCGUUGCGAGAGCCUGCUGGGUCUGGACAGGGCCACCUGCAGCCGUGUCCUCAACAAGAACUACAAGCUGCUGGUCUCGAUGGCCCCGCUCAGCAACGAGAUCAGACCCAUCAGCAGCUGCACGCCUCAGCACAUUGGCCCGGCUAUCCCUGAGGUGAGCUCCAUCUGGUUCAAGUUAUACCUGUAUCAUGUGACCGGCCAGGGCCCGCCCUCCCUGCUGCUCUCCAAAGGCUCCAGGCUCCGCAAACUGCCGGACAUAUUCCAGGUCUACGACAGGUUGUUGAUCACCUCCUGGGGUCACGACCCCGGAGUCGUGCCAACAUCCAACGUGCUGACCAUGCUCAACGAUGCCCUCACGCACUCGGCUGUACUAAUCCAGGGUCACGGUAUGCACGGCCACGGAGAAACCGUUCACAUCCCGUUCCCCUUUGAUGCAGAAGAUCAGAAAGGAGACUUCUCCUACUCCAACAUGUGUGUGCACAAGUCCCUGCAGAAGCUGAAGGAGAAGGUGGACCUGGAGCACCAGUGUGGCUACGUCACCAUGCUCAACUCCAACAACAGGCACCGCCGCAGACCCAGCGACAGUGCUGAGUGCAGAGGGGACACCCAUCUAGGUGGAGGCCUGGACACCAACGGCAGCACUGAGUCUUUUGAGCUCGUGACAGAAGAAAACAACGCGGAAAGCAAAGGAAAGACGGACGGUAGGGCUACUUCUUUGGUAAACGGGGACAGUUCACCCCAUCAAAUCAAAAAGUGUUGUAGUGGCCUGUCUUCUGAAGACGAGUGGGUCCCUCUUGAACUGUGCUUCGGCAUGCCCCUCUUCAGCUCCGAGCUAAACCGCAAAGUGUGUCGGAAAAUUGCCUCGCACAAACUGUGCAGCAAUGAAAGCCUUCAGGAGCUACUUUACUCGAGCCGAAAGCUGUCGCUGAAGGUGUUGAGCUUCGUUCAGUCAUUCCAGGACUUCACCCAGCCCUCUGACCUGGACAGCGGCGUGUCGAACCCUCUCAGUCAGCCCCCGGCGGAGUCCGGUGUCCCCCUGCCCGCCCUCAACCUCAUCUUCAAGGACGGGGAGCUGAGCGAGUGGAGCGGGCGGGCCCCUCCUCCUCUCGACAUCUCGGCUCUGCAGAAGGACCAACCCGCAUAAGCCACUCCCCAAAAGAACUUCCAAAUUUGGCCACGAGGAGAAACAUGUCAUCAAAAUGGCUCCUCCUCUCACUGAGGAAAUAGUUUUUCGAGGUCCAACCCUGCAUCGUGUCUAUCAGUAUCCUGUCACGGGAAAAUUAGCCCCGCCAGCACUUCAUUCACCUACUGUAUGAGGAAUCCUUCUGACAGUGUUGCCAACACUAGUUUGAACCCCUCUCCCCCACCUCGCCGUUCCCCUCUGUGAUUCCUCAUAUUCACAGCAAGGCAGUGUUAUCUGUUGGAGUGGUGCUAUUAUCACAGUAUAUAACAGUGAUGCAGGUAAAUGGCAUUUUACCUGGAAGACCAUUGAAGUGGAAACACACACGCUGUUCUCCACUGACUUAGCCCCCCUCCCCCUAGCCCACCCCUCCCUACUUCAAUCAAUGGAUGUUCUGUGAGAGCGGAGUGUAAAGUGAUUAAUAAUUGUAUAGAUGUUCUAAAAAUGACUCGCAAAAAAUAAACGAUGAAGUGUGACCUCUUCAGGAAUCAUUCGACAAUAUGCAUAUUCUAGGACCAAGUUUUUGGAUUUACCAGAGUCCAGAUACGGACCCCGCUGCCUCCCUGUGUUGUCUCACGUUAAGUGAUCCGAUGCAUGAUACUGUUGCACAACUCAUAAAAGAAUACUUUCCUCUUUACUUGUAAUCAAUAUCGGGGGCAUUUAUUAUUUGCACUGUGCAGGAUUUUUUUUACAAACCUGUGGAUGAAGUAAUGUCAUGUAAUUCUUUUUUUUUUAAACGUUGGAUCCCUUGUAUUGCGCACAUGGUUUUAGAGAUUAACCACAAGAAAGUUUUCCCUCCUUUGAAAUUGACUGGGCAUCAGAGAAACUGCAGUUUUUUUUUUAUUCUUUCUUAAUAUUUGUUUUCUCGGUACAAAAGAACACCAAAGACCAUUUUCUUUUCCUGUAUCAUUUUCUUUUCUUUUUCUUUUUUUUUCUGCCUUAUCACUGUCAGCCAAUCAAAAACUACCAGGUCUUUAAUCAAAUCUCUAGAUUUGAUUUGCUUAUGUUUAGUUUUUUUUUUACAAAUGAUUUAUGCACAUUUGAAUGAGUGUGUCUAUAACCCAUAAAAUCAACAACAUUGAGCUACAAACUACCAACCGUCGCCCCUGUUGAAGAAUCUGACAAGAUUAACCAAGUGUACCUAAUUCCAUAGAACACGAACAGUCAGGUCUGUGUGUUUGACCCAGGCCCGUUGCCGGCCAGCAUCUCCCCCUGGAUCGACUCCAGUUUGUGUGCAGUGCAGUGCACUCUUGGCUAGCGCACCACACUCUCCAGGGGAUUCUGUUUACACCAUGUUGAAAAAUGAGGUUUGUAGUGUAGAGAGGAGAAGGCAACUUCGCUGUGAAGGCUGUCACAGACCCAUGGGAUGGAAAUGCUAAUGCUUUGCCCAGUGUUUCAGAGAUGUGGUGGCCCAAAAAAAGUGUCUGAAGUCUGUCAUGAGUUUUCAGUGUGGCUCCAAGAAUAUAGAUGACAUUUUAUUGCAUUUAGAAUACUAACUUAUUUUGUUGUGUAUUUCUUUUCUUUCUUUAUUUUAUUUAAAUCUGUCUCUUGCUGUUUUUGACCAACUUGUGGUUGUUGUUUCUAAUAACAUGACGCUGGAAAAAAAACAAAAAAAAACUAACAUGAGGUCCCGUU